AUGGAGACAGAGACGGUGCGCGUUGAUGUGGAGAGUUUUGAAAUUCAAAUCUCAACGGUAACAGAGAAUCUGUCACUAGCCUGCCUCGUUGCUUGGUGGCUUGUGUCAUCCACAUGCUCCACAUCAAGGGGUCGAAGGCUGGUAGAUGCUGAUGCUGAUGAUAGCGACCUUGAGGGACCUAAUUUAUAA